CUUCCACCUGGACCUUGAACAGCGGAAACCGUGACGUCGAAUAUAUCGACCAAGGAUGUGGGUCUUGGUGGUGGGUAAGGUCUUUGCGUAGCCAAUCCUGGUGUUCCCGUGUAAUCCAAGGUAUCAUCGAGUACUAUUCCAGGCCGAGGUCGAUAGGAAUAUCGAUCUCGGAUUGAAUAUCAUGGUGAAGGAUGAUGGUGUAGUGAGGUAUGGCAACUAAAUUGGGCAGAAACCAGUCUGACGUCUACCUUGUUGAGGUCGAAGAUAUCUCUAACGAAACAGCAGCAGCAGCAGCAACUGGUUCAAGGAACGCAAGCUAUCAAAAGGGUGGAAGGGAGAAAGGAAGGAAGGGAAUGAAGGGAAGCCAGUUGUGUUGAACUCGACAUAAUGCCUAAAGUUGAUGCUUCCAAAAGCUUCGAUUCAACGAGGCCCUUCGACAAUCCUAAAUUUCUUUUUCAGCUGACACCAAUUUCGUCACUUUGGUAUUUUAAAAUUGGCAAAAUGUUGUGAUGGCGGAAAGAUCUAGACGUCCGAGCUCUGAGCUCGGACCGGAUCUCUCAUCUCCUACCAAUUCGAAAAAGUCUAGAUUGUUGGAACCAACUGAAGAGGUUGCAUCUUUUGUCACGGUCGAGGAAGAAGAAAGUUUGGAAAGUAGCGAAAGAAUAGACUCACCGAAGGACGCUGAAGAAGAAUCAACUAAAUCUAUAGAAGAACAUACAAACCCAAUAGAGGAAGAAGCAAUAGCAGGACCAUCCAGAAUAAGAGAAAUUUCUGAAUUCAAUUCAGACGAAGAUAAUACCAAUCAAGAAACAUCCGACAUGAAAGCUAUCGAAUUGGAUUCCACUGUAAAUAUGCAAUCAUCUUUAAUGGGUGAACGCGCGUUAUACAUACAAUUAAUUUAUAUUGGUAAUGGUGCCUAUGGCACUGUUUACAAAGCAAGAGAUUCAAAUACCGGUCAAGUUGUUGCACUUAAAAAAGUUAGAGUACCAUUGACUACUGAUGGAUUACCCAUGUCUACAGUAAGAGAAAUUUCAACAUUGAAACAACUUGACAAAUUUGAUUAUCCACAUAUUGUCAGAUUAUUGGACGUUUGUCAAGGCAAGCGUCAAAAAUUACCCUUUAGUGAAGUAAUAUCAAACGCAUUAGAUGAAAGCUUAACUCUCUGGUUAGUCUUUGAACAUGUGGAACAAGACCUGGCAUCUUAUAUAUCAUCAUGUUCAGAGACAGGUAUACCUUCCGAAAUUGUUAGACAAAUGUUCAAGGAGAUUCUUCAUGGCAUUGAAUUUUUACAUAGUCACAGAAUUAUACACAGGGACUUGAAGCCACAAAAUUUAUUAGUCACGGCAGAACGAAGAAUUAAAAUUGCAGAUUUUGGUUUAGCAAAAACGUAUGCCUUUGAAAUGAGAUUAACAUCUGUGGUUGUAACUCAGUGGUAUCGAGCACCAGAAGUUUUAUUAGGUUGCUCAUAUGCAACUCCUGUAGAUAUGUGGUCAGCUGCUUGUAUACUAGCUGAGAUUAGUAAGUUGAAACCAUUAUUUCCGGGUACUAGCGAGGGAGACCAGUUGGAUAGAAUUUUUCAAAUUAUUGGUACACCAAAAUUAGAAGAGUGGCCUGAUAAUGUAUCCCUUAGUUGGAAUGCAUUUCCUUAUAGACGAUCAAAACCUUUGAGUGAAGUAGUACCUAAUCUUGUUGAAAGUGGAUUAGAUCUUUUACAAAAGUUGCUUACGUUCAAUCCUCAUUAUCGUUUAACUGCUGCUCAAGCUUUAAGGCACAGAUACUUCACUGGAAACCAAACAUAAAUUUGUGUUUUAUCGUUUAUCAAAGCAGAGAAGUAUGUUUAGACUGAUAGAAUUAUUUCUAUGGAAUCUUAUUUAUCUAUUCAAAAUAUUAUUUGUACAUAUAGAAAAUUUUCCAUAUCAUAAUUAUUAUUUUUAGCUUAUAUUAUAA